UCGCCGGAACAAGGAAAUUAAUAGCAUUUAGCACAGCGGCUCCUGUGUGUGUAGUGAAUGAGCCUCACCUCGGGAGGUGGAUGUAACCGACUGUACCCUGAAAGGAGGGUCCAGUGUGUCCAGGCUUCAGGACUAUAUUACAGCAGACAACAACAACAUGGGACUGUUGUCUGACCCAAAUAGAAGACAGGCGUUGAUAGGCCUGCUCACCCGCCUGAAUGCCCCCAUCUGUAUCGUCUGUUACAUGGCGGGCGUGGCCUGGUUCAUGGGUUUAUCUUUCGAGCCAUUUACCCUGCGGACGUACAUGUCAGAGAAUGCCAUGGGGUCUACAAUGGUGGAGGAGCGGUUUCCUGCAGGAGAGAGGGCGCUGGCCACUGGCAGAGAGUUUUCUGCUCAUAAGAAGAAAACAGGUGGGAUGCCAGUGGAUUGGUUGGUGAAGACCAUGCAGGCCAGAGGUCUUGAGGUGUUUACACAGCGCUUCUCUCGUACUCUGCCCUUUCCUGAUGAAAAUAAAGAGAGAUAUAUGGUUAAAGGCACAAAUGUGUAUGGGAUCCUUCGUGCCCCAAGAGCUCCAAGGACUGAAGCCCUUGUGUUGACUGCUCCCUGCAGCCCUGGUGACGAAAACAACCAGGCUGUGGGACUGCUGCUUGGUUUGGCACAGUACUUUAGGAAUCAGAUUUACUUGGCCAAGGACAUCAUCUUCCUCAUAAAUGAGCAUGAUCUGAUUGGUAUGCAGGCCUGGCUGGAGGGCUACCACCACACCAACACGACAGGUAUGGACUGGUCUCCGCUUCAGGGCCGUGGUGGUUCAAUUCAGGCAGCUCUGUCCUUGGAGCUCAGCAGUAAUGUUGUCACCAGUUUGGAUCUGGUCCUGGAAGGCCUCAAUGGCCAGUUACCCAACCUGGACUUAGCCAACCUCUUCUAUGCCUUCUGCCAGAAGAUAGGAGUUCUUUGCACCAUACAGGGCAAGCUGCAGAGGAAUGAUUGGGACAGUGUAUCUGGCUACAGUCAUGCAGUCCAGACCAUGAUGCUUAUGGUGAUGAAGCAGGCCAGUGGGCGGCCUUGGGGGGAUCAUGGCCUGUUCCUGCGCUACCACAUUGAAGCUGCCACCAUCAAGGGCAUCAACAGCUUCCGCCAGGACAAGACGGACGCCACAACCAUUGGCCGGCUUCUGGAAGGAAUGUAUCGUAAACUGAAUAACCUCUUGGAACGCCUGCACCAGUCCUACUUCUUCUACCUAAUGCCCUCACUCUCUCAUUUUGUCUCCAUUGGCUACUACAUGCCUGCCUUUGGCCUGCUCGCUGUCAUCCUGCUGCUUCGUGCCUUAGACUUGUGGGUCCAACUUGUGACUCCACCACCUAGAACAGAAGACGGAGACACCGACAUUGACCAGCAGUCCAGUCCGGGAUUGCUGUCUGUGUUGACUCCUCUGGUGAUCAGCCACCUGACUGGAGUGGCUCUGUAUAUGCUGCCAAUUCGUUUUCAGGAGAUGGCUGUUGAACAUUUCCCCGUGUCUGAGACUGAGGCUGUGGUCUUGACGGCCAUUGCCAUUUACACAGCGGGCCUGGCUUUGCCUCAUAACACAAACAGACUCCUCACAGGUGAAGGGACAGAGCAGGGCUGGAGAGUGCUGAAGCUGGUGGCAGUGCUUUACCUGGCUGUGCUGCUGGGUUGCACCGCCCUCAUUAACUUCUCCCUGGGCUUCAUCCUGGCUCUCACCCUGGUGCCUGUGGCCGCCUUCGUCACACCCCACGUCCCAAAGGUUUUGUCAGCCUUCAUCUUGGUCAUUCUCAGUCCAGCCUGCACCCUCCUCUUUUCAGUUUUUUUCUUCCAUGAGCUAAAGGAAAUGCCUGUCAACUUCCAGGACGGGUGGUUGCUCUACCUGUCAGUCAUCUCACAGGGCAUCCUGGACCACUACCUGUAUGGCUCUCUGGUUUACCCACUGAUCGCCGUGCUGGUCUAUCCUUGCUGGCUGCUUUUCUGGAACAUCCUCUUCUGGAAGUGAAUGCCAGUCCUGAACAAUAUUGCAGGCUGACAGGAAUUAAAAAAAAAAUAAAUAAAUAAAUAAACUUUGGGGUGUUCUCAGGUUUGUCUGCAGUGGAGGAAGUAUGAAGAAGAUAACAAAACUGUCAUUGACUUGAUAAAACUGCAGUGACUCAUGUUUUUUUUUUCAAGAUAGUGUUUUGGACUUUAAGUAUUUGCUGAAAAUACUUGCUAAAACACUUGAGAUCAUCUUAAAACAUGCCAUUUGGAUCAAGCAUAAGGGACUUUUCUUUUUUUUUUUAAUAUCACAAAAUGAUGUGGAGGUGAUGAUCUUAUAUUUAAGUUUCAGUUUGGUGGCCUUCUCUGAAAGAACAAUCAGAAUGUGGUUAAUUUAUUUUCUUUGCACUGAAACUACACUGCCUUUUAUUUAGCAGAACUGUAAUGACUGAAGUAGUUUCAACAGCAACAACAACAUGGUUUACUCUCACAGUAAACAGAAGAAACUAAUACGGUCGUUCACUACAUCUAAUAUAUUUUGUACUUGCUUUGAAACUGUCUUUUUUUUUUAUUUAUAAAUGCCAAAAUAAAAGCCUGAAAAAGAUUGGA